GAGAUUUGUUAUCCCAAUUUCAACAAACUCAAAUCCCGAAAGAGGCGAAGCGUACGCGAUGGCAAAAUCAACUGGACAAUACAGCUUCAACCUCGAUUAUUCGGUAACAAUUUCAUUACCAGAGAUUUAUUGUAGGUAUAACAAAAAACAGCUUUUAUUACACCAAUCGAUGAAACCCAAUUCGCCCAAAUCACGGAUUAAAUUGACGCUAAUCCACCUCCCGUUAUCUGGUGAAAAAUUGUCCUGCUGCUUCGCUUCCACGCGUGCUUCACUGUUUCUUGGAAAAACAGGCGUUCCACCGGGUUGAUGCCGAACCUCGUGUACAGUUGUGAUUUGGACGCCGCCGACGCCGAACGACGCCGAACGACGCUAACCCCGCUAUCAGUACGUCGCGACGGGCUGGUGUAAAUAUCAGAUAAAUUCGUUGACAGUGAUUUCUUUGGGCCAGUUCCAAGAAUUUCGGCUCGGUAACAAUUAGUUGCUGGUAAGGAACCAAACAAUUUCAGACAAAUCCAAUCGAAAAGAAACUUUUCCGGAAACGCGAUGAACUCGUUCCAAACCUCUCGCGCGGCUUUCAAACUACCCAACAGUAGUACAAUGCGUUUUCCACUCCGCUAAUAGUCGAGAGAAAAACCUUUUAUCCGAACCGAGUUAUAUAAAAAUGCCCGCUAACCUACUUCCCGGCGCCAUCCACUCGAUAUCCAUCCUGGUUACUCUAACUUUUCUAUCUUCCACUAAGACCCAUUGUUCUUCGUGGAGCACAAAAGACAACGAGCGGCAAGUGAGCAUCGAGGACAGCGCGCUCGCCUCUCAAAUAGUCUUCCGAGGCAGCACUUUCGUGCCUGAAGAGGCCCCCGCUCGGCCCGCGAAUGCUAAUUCGGUCGCGGCCUAUUUUUUCGUUAAGAACACUUACAAGGGCGAAGCUUCCAUUAACGAUUUGGUCACGAAUAAUUUCGGGAGAAUAAAUGUGAGUUUCCCAGUCUCCGUGGCGCUUUCGGGCUACAAAGUGGAUCUUCAGACGGUUCCCGAGGAGUACAUAAUUUUUUGUAAUUUAAUAGAGGGCGACGUGAGAGGAGUCGCCGCUGUCAAAUGGAGCGAAAGUAACGACUACAGGGUUUGGAAAACUCUGGGCUGGAGCGAUUGGGGAGAUUGGUCGUCCUGUAGCGUUUCAUGCUCUGGUGGGAUUCAACAGCGAAUUCGACAUUGCAACGGAAUGAAAUGCAAUGGUUUCAACGUCGAACAACGGCAUUGUAAUAUGUUUAGUUGCGAGGACAUCAUCAACCCCUUGGCUAUCGUAGGCCAUAAAUCCUUCCAUCCGGGAGCGGAGAAAUGGGAUAGGGUGCCAGACCGGCCGUCUGCGUGGCGCUUGCGACCCAGUUCCUACGUUUGGCUCCCAUCCAAGGAGCUUUUCCACUUCGCCCAAGAAAACACGCUUUUUCCCGGCGAAUUCUCCGUGUUUUUGACCGUCAGGUUGCCUAAUACAACAAUGGGCACAAUCUUCGGCGUGAGAUCCCGCAGUCGUCAGGACGCCUAUUUGUCGCUGGAAGCGACGUCGACGUCGGCGUCGCCGGAGACGCCGUCGACGCUGAAAGUGAUCCACGCGUCCCCGACAGACGGGACCGACGUGGUCAGAAUUCCUGCGCGUUUGGACGACGGUCGUUGGCACCAGCUCGCUAUCAGUUUUAGAGAUAGCCGCGUGGUGGAUAUCUAUGUGGAUUGUAAAUGGUUAUUGACUGAGAUAUUGCGAAGCCACGAAUUGGAUAUACCGAAAGACUCUGAUGUAAUUAUAGGUUAUUUAUUUACGGGGGAUUUGGAACAGCUUACAAUAAUUCCACGGCCUGAUGUAGCUAGUAAGCAGUGCGAGGAUUACCGUGUUCCCAUAACAGAUUUUCAAGAAGUAUUCAACAGAUUUAGGAAGAAAGCGAAAGGGAAGAAAACUUCAUAAGAAGUUAUUAAAUGAGGUAUUUCUUGAAGGAUUAUUAUAAUACAUAUUAACUAUGUAUAUGCCACAAAACGAAGCUUAUUAUGACAUACGUACACUAAAUGAUACCUGAUUCGAAUGUGAAUUGUCCAUUUAUUUAUGUAAAAAUGUAUGAAAAUGGAAUUUGAAUAUUAAUAAUGUUAGUGGUUCUUAUGAUAGAAAUUAUUAUUUUAUAUGAAUUAAGAGAAAUGAUACGAAAAAAAUAUACAUAACUAUAAUAAUUAUAAAUAUAACGAAUUAUUUAUACUUUGUUAAUAGCACUCGUUAGUUGUUACACCUUUAAUUCGACAAUAAUAAUUUUUCUAAUGAUCUGAAUCAUUUGUACUUCUUGACAAAAUAUUAACAUAACAAACAAAGAAAAUUACUAUAUUAAAUUACAUUAAGUCUUGAUAAAGGUUAAAUUUUAAUUGAUAAUCAAAUUUGUAUUAAAUUUACUACAACUCAUGCCGAUAUUUAACAAUUUACCAAUAAGGUAAUAAUAGAUAAGUAUUAAUUGGUAAGUGUAUAUAGAUAUAUUAUCUAUGUAUGUUAAGCGAAUGUAUUAUACGUAAAAUAAGAUAUUAUUAAUUAAUUGUUUGAUUUAGCAUCUAUUUUAUAAUCCAAGACUGAAAAAAUGC